AUGGAGAAGGAGCGGUCGGUGCAGUUGGGGAGCAGCUACAGGGCGCCGAUGUUCAAGAACGAGCGCACCACGCUGGAGCGCCUGGAGAAGUUCCUCUCCGAGCAGCAGUUCCUGGACUGCAACUUGCGCGGCCGACUCUACGGCGAAUCGCUGCCUGUCUAUCAGAUCCGGCAUCACAGCUUCGGCCAACACAUCGUCACAUUCACCGAGGCUACGCAGGCACUCUCCGCCGUAGACUGUACGGAAGUUGGAGUUGGAUUCAAAUUUGGGCCAACAUGGUCGACGCACUGGUUCCAGAUUGAUGUUGUGGUGCCGGAGAAGUGGCAGAGCAAAAAACGAGUGGUGCUGCGCGUCGAUGCUGAAUGUGAGGCUACGCUAUGGUCAGCCGAUGGCCAGGUGAUUCAGGGUUUAUCGCCGGAUUUUGGACGUACUGAUUUCGAGCUUUAUGGUUCAUUAUCGAUACCGCUGAAGUUUUACGUCGAAGCAUCCUGUAGCGAUCGGGGUGGCGACGGCGAUGGUUAUGGAAUACGGCCAGCGAAGAUGGAUAAGCAAUUUCAACUGAAACGUUGUGAAAUCGCGGAAUACAACCAUUUAAUACACGAACUGAUUAUUGACUUCGAAAUUUUGCUUGACAUGGCAAGAAUGCUGCCAAAAGAGGGAAUCAGACACUAUCAGGCUCUCUAUACGGCUAAUGACAUGCUAGUUUGGGUAAAAGAACACUACCCGAAUCUUUACCACGAUAUGCGCGACUAUGCAAUGGAAAAUCGUUUUGUUGGAGUUGGCGGAGCCUGGGUUGAAAUGGACGGUAAUUUGCCAAGCGGCGAAAGCAUUAUUAGGCAACUGUUAUAUGGGCAGCGUGAAUUCAUGAAUUUCUGUGGCAAGUAUUCGAAUAUAUUCUGGCUACCUGAUACGUUUGGUUAUUCCGCCCAAUUGCCGCAAAUAAUGAAGCAUUGUGGGAUGGAUUAUUUUGUAACUCAAAAAAUGAGUUGGAACAUAAGAAAUAAAUUUCCGCAUAACUCAUUUCAUUGGUUUGGCAUUGAUGGCACUCGUGUACUUGCGCAUUUCCCUCCUCAUAGUUAUGUGACUCAGAUAACUGUUAAAGAAUGCCUGGAAUCGCAGAGUAAUUUCACAGAUCGUGGACGCUCGAAUGUAGCAAUGAUGCUGUAUGGCUUUGGAGACGGAGGUGGUGGCCCCGAAGAAAAUAUGCUAAAAAGAGCUGCUCGACUGGAAGACUGUGAUGGGGUACCGAGAGUUCGGCAUGCAACGCCGGAAGCUUUUUUCGCUGAGGUCACACUACAUUUUAUUGUAUCGUUUACUUUGUUCUAUUCGGGUUUGCUUGAAAAAGUCGCUCUCACUUCAUAUUUUCAGUCGAUGUCGCUUCUUGAGUUCAAUGAAGGCAAAUCUCUAAGGAAUCAGUGGCAUCGCUUUCUGCUCAAUCAAUUCCAUGAUAUUUUACCGGGAAGUGGCUUAAAAGAAGUGGUAGCGGAUGCAAUGAAAAUUUACAGUGCCUUGUUGAAUGAACUUACUGCUGAUGGCGACAAGAAUUUGAAGUGGGAAGGUUUGUUAUGCGUUAGAAGUUGUUUUUUUUUGUUUCAGUUUGUUGGACCCAGUAAAGCAACCAGUCUUUAUCCUACCCCUUCCCUCCCUCCUCCCCUUUUCUCCUCAAAAAAAACCUCAAUGUACACAAUGAACAGGACUCCUACGGUCAUCACAUAG